GUGACAGAGAAAAAAUCGUUACCAGUAUCUCAAUUGAGCUCGAUUUAGUCGGUUCGGGCAAUUUUUCGGAAAGAAUCAACACAGUCAUUUUCUAGGCCACGGAUUUGGGAUCGCACAGCAUGAAGUCUAUGAUUGUUUUGGCAGGGAUUUCCCUGUGCUUGGUUUCGAGCGUUUUGUGUGAAAAACAGGGAGCUGCUGAAAAAGCAGACAACGCCGAAAAAAAGCAUGAUAAGCGCGGAAUUUUCGAAGAAGGUUAUGGAGAUUUCGGCGGUUAUGAAGAAGACCAUCAUCACUUGCACCAUCAUCAUGAAAAAACCAUCUACGAUGUAAAAAAGGUGCCAGUUCCCGUACCGCAUUACCACACGGUACAUGUCCCACAUGUGAAAACUAUUAAGUAUCCAGUCAAAGUUGGUGUUCCUCAUCCGUAUCCAAUCGUAAAGCAUACCUCGUACCCAGUGAAAGAGAUCGUCAAAGUGCCCGAGCACAUCCCCGCUCCCUACCCAGUCGAAAAGACGGUUCAUUAUCCAGUUCAUGUACCAGUUGAUCGUCCAGUGCCAGUUAAAGUUUACGUGCCCCAACCAUACCCCGUUACCAAGGAAGUGCAUGUUCCCGUAAAAAUUGGCGUGCCAGCACCAUACCCAGUCGAGAAAAAAAUCCACGUCCCAGUUAAAGAAUAUAUCCCAGUCGAUAGACCGUACCCAGUUGAAAAGGUUGUGCAUUACCCAGUAAAAGAAUAUUUCGAUCAUCCUAUCCCAGUUCCAGUGGAAAAGCCGGUUCCAGUCCAUGUUGAAAAGAAGGUUCCAGUAACUGUGAUUAGGAAGACAACGUACCCAGUUCAUAUCCCAGUCGAUAAACCGUACCCUGUUCCCGUUGAUCACCCAGUUCCAUAUACUGUGAAAGUGCCUCAUGAAGUCCCCGUCCCAGUUGAAAAGACGGUCCACGUUCCACACGUAAAGCAUGUUCCAUACCCAGUGAAAGUUGCUGUUCCCGUCCCAAGGCCCAUUGAAAUUGAUGUGCACCAUCCGGUACACGUUCAUAAACCAAUUCAUUAUACAGAGAAAGAGUUCGUGCCCGUUAUAGAGGAUCAUCAACAUCACCACGAACAUGACGAACAUCAUGGAUUCGAAGAACAUCAUGAUCACGGGUAUACGAAAUUGUGUGUACUUUUAUUGGUGUUAAUGACCCAUGCAAUCGAGGACUUGCCAACGAAUCCAGAUGUGUCCCAAACAUUCCCAAUUCCCAUCGAAACUGCCGAUAAUGGAUUAUCUGAUGGUGAACAGUGGGGAAAUGAAAGUCCAGGACCUCUGUCUUCAGAGAAAACGGAAGAAAAACUCAUAACAAUGAUCAAAAAGGUCCCUGUGCCGAUCGCCAUCACCAAACAUGUACCGUACAAAAUAGAGAAAAUUGUGCCCAUUCCAGUUCGUGUUGGAAUUAUUACCCCCGUUCCUGUAGAACGAAAAAUACCGGUUCCAAUAAAACAAAUUAUCAAGGUGCCGAUUCACAUUCCGCAGCCGUAUCCCAUCGAGAAAAAAAUAUUCUUCUUUACAGUGAGAAUUGAGAAGAAAGUACCAUACGCUGUACCGAUUGCUGUUGAGAGGCCCGUUCCAUAUGAAGUCCCAAAACCUGUUGGGGUUCCAGUGAAUGUUCCCAUCGCUGUGACAUUUCCCGUUGAAAAAUAUAUACAUGUGCCAAAUGUGAAAGAGGUGCGAUUUCCAGUGAAAACUGUGGUUGAGCAACCGAAACCAAUCGAGUUAGAAAAAAUUACGCCAGUCAAUGUCGAAAAGCCAUUAAAAUACAUUGAAAAAGUCAACGUUCCUGUUGAUGGAAAAGGAAGUGAGAGUAAUUUAAGCAAUAAUGUGAAUGCUGAAGCAGCUAAUGGAUUACAAGACUUAUCUGCUGGUUAUGCAUCAACAAAGAAAAGCAAAGCGUAAAAAUGUCGCGCUUUCAAUAUGUUUAUAUGUAUUUUUCAAGCUCUACCUCUAGGUUGCAGUUUUGUGUGUAGUUUCACUACAUCGACAAAAAUUCUUUCGAAAAAUAUUCUAAUUCGUAAUAGAUGUUAAGCGUUUUAUUGUUUUGUAAGACCAU